AUGAGUGGCCCAUUAUACCCUGCCUCCUUCACCCCUGCUCCAUCUGUUCCCGUGAAGCUGAACCAUAGCUAUAGUUCACAUAAUUCAACAGUUAGUGAUUGUCAAGUGGUGAAUGCAAUAGACUUUUGUUCUGCUGAAAACACAACUCUGCCUUCUUCCUCCUCAACUUCCACAGUUCCUACAUCAGGUCCAAUAAAUACCACUUUGAUUCCAACCUCACAACCUAUUCAGAAAUCUACCUUUGAUGCAGCCAGUUUCAUUGGAGGAAUUGUCCUUGUCUUGGGUGUACAGGCCAUAAUUUUCUUUCUGUAUAAAUUCUGCAAAUCUAAAGAACGAAAUUACCACACUCUGUAAACAGACGCUGUAAAUUAACAAGGACUGGUGGUUCAUUCAUGUAACUCAAUGAAACCAAAAUACUAUCUUUCAAGGUGUUCCACAUGGAAGACACUAUUCCAGGAUCUUUAAAUUUGCAGAGGAUGCUUAUAAGAUACUUGGGAGCAUUGUUGCUGAAGAAAAAUCAGUUAAGUCAUUUUGUUCAACAGAAAUAUUUAAAAUA